AUGCACUGCUUAUCCCUUCAGCCGUGGCUGAUGAUGUGGCUGAUGCCAUUUGCAUCCCACUUCCACCAGGCAACCGUGGCUGAUGAUGUGGCUGAUGCCGUUCGCGCCCCACUUUCACCAGCCGUGGCUGAUGAUGUGGCUGGUUCCGUUCGCGUCUCACUUCCACCAGUUGCAGCUGAUGAUGUUGCUGAUUCCGAGGCUGAUGACACUAAGAGAACCAGGACCAUUGCUAGAACUCCUUCGGCUGAGACCACAUCUUCUGGUGUCAACAAGCGCUGGUAUGUCAUAACUGUGGGACGUGAGACUGGUGUGUUUCAGGGCUGGCACAACAUCCACACCCAUGUUAUUGGUGUUCCGGGUGCAUGCUUUGGACACUACUCCUCUCGUGCUGCCGCCGAUACUGCAUAUAUGCAGGCUUUGAGAGAUGGAUCGGUGUCUCAGUUGCUUGAUUGA